UCUAUGGAAUUUGAUCACUUUUGAAUGAGCUUCAACGGGCUCCGAUAGCGACUGCUGCGAGACGCGAGAUCUAUUUCGUUUCUGGAAUCGUCUACCUUGUUUAAAGGGCUGCUUAGGGUUGCGUUACGGCAUUCCUACUUGCUCCUACUGAAACCGCUAUUUUAUUAAGAAAGUAUUAUACAUAGUAUAUAUUGCAUAAGAAAAUGGCAACUCCAGUAGAUAUAUCUCCCAACAAGGACGGCGGCGUUACAAAGGAGAUAAUCAAGGAAGGUGUCGGAAGUGAACUUCCUUCACCUGGAGGCACUGUAAUUGUUCAUUAUACUGGCACUUUGCUGGACGGAACGAAAUUCGAUUCCAGCAAGGACCGUAAUGAUCCAUUUCAAUUUGAGCUAAAAAAAGGAACUGUUAUUAAAGCAUGGGACAUAGGAGUGGCUACUAUGAAAAAGGGCGAAGUCGCAAUAUUGACUUGUGCUCCCGAAUACGCGUAUGGAGAAACCGGUAGCCCCCCGAAAAUUCCUCCGAAUUCAACGCUUAAAUUUGAAAUCGAGAUGAUCGAUUGGAAAGGAGAAGAUCUGAGCCCUGAGAAAGAUGGAAGUAUCGAGAGGUAUCAAAUUGUCCAAGGAAAAGACCCCAUUACUCCUAACGAGGGUGCUUUAGUAAAUGUACAUUUAACCGGAGUGUAUAACGAGAAAAUAUUCGAGGACAGAGACGUACAAUUUACGCUCGGCGAAGGAGAAGACGUUGGCGUCAUAGAGGGUGUAGAGAAGGCGUUGGAGAGUUUUAAACAGGGAGAGAAAUCGAAACUUAAAAUAAAAAGUAAAUAUGCAUUUAAGAAAGAAGGGAAUUCCGAAUUUAACAUUCCACCAAAUGCGACCGUCGAAUAUACAGUGGAAUUGAAAAGUUUCGAGAAGGGCGUAAAUGCUUGGUCGUUGAACAAUAGCGAGCGGAUAGAACAAGCCAAGAUUUACAAAGAGAAGGGAACUAAUUACUUUAAGGCAUGCAGAUACAAUUUAGCGACUAAAAUGUAUAAGACGGUCACCUCGUUUCUGGAAUACAGGAAAGAUUUCGAAGAGGAUCUUAAAACGGAAAGAGAAAAUCUUAUUUUAUCGGCGUACUUGAAUUUGGCGUUGUGUCACUUAAAGAUGGAUCGAAACGUCGAGGCGAAAGACGCGUGCAACGAGGCGCUGAUAUUGAGUCCACAGAACGAAAAGGCGUUGUUCAGACGAGGGCAGGCUUACCUCGCGCUGGCGUCACCCGAAAUCGCGAUUAAAGACUUCCAAGAGGUGUUGCGCGUGGAACCGAAGAAUACGGCAGCCACGAAACAAAUCGCGAUUUGUAAUAAUCUAAUUAAGAAACAAUUAGCGAAAGAGAAAAAGCUGUAUGCGAAUAUGUUUGACAAAUUUGCUGAAGAGGAUAAACAGAAGGAGGAGGAGAAGCUACGAGAGCAACCGGACGUGAUGUGCGGGGCCCUGGGUGAAUGGGGGCAGGAAGAACGACCCGGAGGCAGGGACGCGACUGCCUUCGAAAAGGAGAAUCCUAACAUACUUAUGCUCAACGCUAAUGGCACCGACGAAUUCCAAAAUAUGUAAAAUAAUUGUUCCUUCCCCCUCGAACCCCGUUCCUUGCACUGCCUCCUUUCUCGACUGCCAGCGACACGUAAAAUUCGAUCAUGCAUUCGAUUUCUAAUCAUUCCCGCCUUGAACUCGAGACUCAUCAAAACUCAGCCUAGUCAACAGCUCUCAUGAUUUCGCAUCGUUCAUUUCUUCGGAUAUGAAUUAGUUUCACCGUCUAAACAUCGCGUCGUACCUUUUUCCAAAUUGUGAUGUUUACGCGCGAUGCAUUCCACGUAAUUGUAAAUUCAAUAAAGAAAACUUAAAAAUUGUA